AUGUACACUAGCGGUGCCUAUGCUCCAGUUGGAGGAGUGGUUCAUGGGGUGCCUCCUCAGCUAGCAAACUCCAAGAGUGAAAGCAUGACGGGUCAAGUGUUGGCAGAUCAUGCAGUGGUGCUGGGAACUUUUUCUGAAGUGAAAAUUCCUCCACAUCCUGUGGUACCACAAAGCUGCCUUUGUAGCGCGAUGGAAUCAUCUCAUGGACGAUUUGUGUAUCGUGGAGCUCUAGUCAUUUGCGCUUUGGAGCUGUUGGCAUUGAAAGAGCCGACACAAAGCUUCAAUUUGAAGCCAUCUUCGAUACCUCCUAUCAGCGUGGUCAAUAGGCUUGACUUGAUCGGCCACCUCGUCGCUGCGCGCGUACCGCGCACUCCUGUUGCCCUCCGCGCUGCAGCCGCGGCUGGCUGGCGCCGCAGGUGGUGGUCCAUCAUCCUCAGCACAGCCGUCCAACGGGCACUCGCCACAACUGCGCUUGGCGGCCCGCUCUACCCCCAGGCUGCCGAGGACGCGCCUUCCUUGGCCGCUGUCCUAGCCCUCGCCCCACAAGAGGGCCCUAGCCGGAUGCCACUGCGUGUCGUUGGAGGCUUGCGGGUGAUUGCCUUGGAUUCCGCCGAUGUGAAGGUCGUGGGAGCCGUGACCUGGAGCGAUGUGAAGCUGGUGCCGGAUUCCAGGACAGCAUGGGCCAAAGAGACGCCCGAUGUGUCCAGGUGGGCUCUUUUCUUGAGCUGGCCACCGCACAGCCCCGAGACCAUAGGCGAGGAUUUGCUCCGCUCCUGGCCGGGACAUGUCCUCAUCUACGUUGGUGAAGGGGCCGACGAUGAAGAUAUGGGCCUUACCGGAGGCUGUAGCCUCCUGGAGUGCAUCGACUGCAAUUGGGAGGCGGUGAAGAGCUGGCAGAUUCUUCGCUG